AUGAGCAAUCGUGGCGAUCAAAAUGGCUGUCAGCCUCCGCUACCCGCACAGCCUCGGCCGCCAUCUGAAUCGCAAACAGAAACUGAAAAAGAGCAAACCAGUGACCAACCUAAGCAAAUAUGUCGUAAUUAUGUAUGGGGUACAUGUUCAAAAAAUGCUAAAUGUAAAUUUCGUCAUGAACUUGACGUAGAGGAAAUGAAAAAAAUUCUAAAAUUUUGUCACGACUAUCAGAAUAGAACUGGCUGCACUCGAGAAGACUGCACAUAUCUUCACACAACUAGAGAAGAAGAAAAUUUAUUCCUUACCACUGGCCAAAUACCUCGAGUACUUGCAGAACGCCAUGCUGCAAUGUCAGCUUCAGCAAAUGUAGAGACUAUACCUCAAAUUGCUAUGUUUAUUAGGGACUCUUAUGCAACGCCUACUCCAAUGCCGACAUCAGCCUCCCUGGUACCAGCACCUCUUCCGCCCCCAGUACCACCUCCCCCUUCUUCUCGGCCAGCACCUCCUGCACCGCCGCCGAUUCCAGCAAUACCAAUGAUGCCGGUAAUGCCUUCCAUACCAAUCCAACGCCCUCCUCCUCCUCCUCCACCACCUCCAACUGUUCCAUCAGCAACUGUGACACGUACCACUGCACCUGUAUACACAGCACCACCCCCGCCACCACAGACUACUCCAAUGGUUUUUCCAAUGGAUCAACCUCCACCACCUCUGCCAGUUAUGUUUGAUGCAAGUAAGCCUCCUCCACCAUUACCAACUCUAGUACUAUCAAAAAGUGGUGCAGUUAAACACAAAUCACCAAAUUCUAGUGAAGCUGGACCAAGCAAAAUAAGGAAGCCAGAGGACUCCAAUGUUGCGGACGCGCAUUGCGAAAACUGUGUCCAACGCGAGAUCAGGAUUAAUUUGUGCAGGCAAGAAAUGGAUAAAUUACUCAGUGAAGAGGAAUAUAAAACUUUACUUUAUAAAAAGAAACUGGAGGAGUAUGAAACUGGAAAAAAUAUAUUGAAGUCCCUUGUUAGCCCUGAACUUUUUGGGAUUUUGGAAGAAUAUAUUGAGGGUGUACCACAGAUACAAAUCAAUAAUGUUUUGUCACAACUUAACCAGACACCAUUUACCUCGACUGCAAGUACCACACGCCGUUCAAAUGAAACAUUUUUGCAAGCUUUGUCAGCGCUAAACAGGAGAUCUAACCAGCCAUCAUCUUCAGAUGUUUUACAGUCAUUAAUUGGUAUUUUACGCAACUCUAAUACAAGCUCCGAUAAACCACAUUCGAGUAAUCUAAGCAGUGAAAUUAGUAGAAUAAGUUCACUAACAAAGGGCAACAAUACAGCUGCGAAUGGCUUUAGCAGUUAUGUUAAUGGUCAGAAGGCAAAUAGUUUCCCUACAGUGUCUAUGGCUGGUACAGUUCCAUAUUCUAGUACCAAUGUAGCAGCCAGAACAUACUCGGCAGUGAAUGUUAUCACAUCCACUACAUCUGGGAGUCAAAUAACUGCUCCGUCAGCACCCUACACUUCAUAUCAAAUAUCUAUACCACCACCACCACCACCACCUAGGACUUAUUAUAACCAGUCGCAUACAGCAUCAAGUUGCACACAGAAUAUUUCUUAUAACACAAUCAAUCGGGCAAGAGCACCAGUCACACAACCAACACCACCCAGGACAUCAACAUCAGCAGCCAUCCCUAUUCAUCAUGGAAGUCAAAAUUGUAAUCAGUAUGUAAUGGGAAGAUAUCCACCCCCAAAUUAUUACUCUCCAUAUCAAUAA